AUGCUCAAACGACCUUCCUGUUUGUUAAUACAGCGUAAUGUGUCAAAUUAGCCAACACCGGCGAACGAGUUGUUCCAUGUAAACCUCACCCUUCUGUCUUUGGAUAUUACAAAAACUCCACCUUUAUUUACAUUUUACACAGGACUCUCCCAGACUUUGGAUGGAGUCAGCGUCCAGAUUUUUAGUGUUUUUUACAGAAAAACAACAUUCAGACCAGUGUGUACAUCACUGCCAGAAAAAUGGUCAAGUAUUUUUGUAGCAACAUAGACAUCAAAAGCACUUGGGAUCACGUGGUGUCUGCUUUCUGGCAGAGGUACCCGAACCCAUUCAGCACCCAUGUUCUCACAGAGGAUGUGGUUUACCGAGAGCUGACGGCGGACCACCGGCUCCUCUCCAGACGCCUCCUGAUGAAAACCAACCGGCUGCCGCGCUGGGCGGAGCGGCUCUUCCCUGCCGGCAUGUCUCGCUCCGUAUACAUCGUGGAGGACUCCAUCGUAGAUCCUGUGGAGCGGAGUUUGACCACGUACACUUGGAACCUCAACCACACCACUCUCAUGUCUGUAGAGGAGCGCUGCGUUUUCCUGGAGUCGGUGGAGCAUCCGGCCACCACACAGCUGAAACGGGAGGCGUGGAUAUCCUCCAGCAUUUAUGGCUUCUCCAAACCCAUUCAGGAGUUUGGAUUGGCCCGUUUCAAGAGCAACCAGGUGAAAGCCCUGAAAGGCCUGGAGUACGCACUGACCAACCUGCAAGGAGAGGCGCCCCAGCGGCUGCUCAGGGACACGGUAAAGGACGCCUCAGAGAAAGCCAAAGAGGCAGCCAAGACGUUGGCCUCAGCCGCCGCCACCCCACAGAAACCCCAGCAGUAUGUCGGAUGGUGACGGUGGCGUCUGAUCACGCUGGGACCUGGGCUGCUCUGUGGUUUCAACCAGCAUCUGUUGAAUUACCUCGUCACCUCUUUUCUUUUUUAAGUAUAUUUUGUGUCUCUAAGCUUUAAAAUAUACAAGUCUCUUUUUAAAAAACCGUCUGCCUCAGACAGCAGCUGGACAUUUUGAAGCUAUGAAAGCUUCCGUUUAAGGCCUAAUGUGCUGCAGGUUGAAGCUGCUCAUGACGGACGGCCGUUCUGCUGACUCAAAGUUCAGAUUUGACUGAAUCUUUGAACUAACGCACAUUUAUUUCAAUCUGGACUAACAAGUACAAACCAAAUGAGUGUUAGAUCACAUCAGGACUCUGAAGGAGCAGAACCAUCACAAAACACUGCAGUGGACAGAUGGUUAGAAAGCAUAACUGACAAUCACAACACUAGUGGUUUAUAUGAAAGUCAGCUCAGAACGCCUGUGUAGUGACCCAACUCAUGUGCAAUAGUGUAAACAUGUCAAUGCGUGAUAGUUCUGACUGAAUGUUUAUUUUGUGUUAAAUUCUAAUAAAAUAUGAGUUAAAUGUACUUUUGAGACUCUAGCAUGUUUAAUGAUCAGCUCAUGCAAAUGAAUUGUUAUUAUAAUUCUUUGUUUUAAUGUGUUUGUCAGACAGAAAUAAAGAAUAUAAUACAGAG